AUGAUUGCUGAGGAUUUGCAACCGUUGUCAAUUGUGGAAAAUUCGGGUUUCCAAAAUAUGAUCAAGCUAUUGGAUUCAAGGUACCAAAUACCAAGUAGGAGAGCACUUGGCAGAACCAUUAUUCCUCAAAUAUAUUCAAAUGUUAAAAAUCAAGUUCAGACAUUAUUAAAUGAAACCAAUUAUGUAUCUAUUACAACUGAUGUCUGGACUUCGAUGAAUACUGAUUCAUUUUUAACUAUGACUGCUCAAUUUUUUCCAAAAUACCAAACUCAGCUUAAAACCAUUGUUUUAGGUACUAAAAAAUUGGAAGCAAAUCAUACUGGUGCAUAUUUAGCUGAAAUCAUGACCAAUGAAUUAAGUAUCUGGGAUAUCCACUCUAAAGUAAUUGCGAUAGUGACUGAUGGUGGUUCUAAUAUUAUGUCAGCAGUUAGAAACUUGGGCAUUCAGCAUGUUCCAUGCACAGCUCACAAACUGAAUUUAGUUGUUCAACAGCCUCUGUAUCUAACAGAUGACAAUGAAGCAGGAGACUAUCAAAACGAUGCUACUAAAAUGAAAAACAUUUUUAAAAAUAGUCGGAGUAUUGUUGCGUUUUUUUAA